AAAUAUUAGAUGCCACCAAAAAAAGGAUAAGGAAAAAAGAAAAAUGAUUCUGAUGAUGAUGAUGAAUCCGAGGAACCCUAUGAACCAUAAGUUUAAAAAAAAAUAUAAAAAUAAACAUAAAAAAAAUAAAUUGCAGUAAAAAAAUAAAAAGAAGAUGAAUCCGAAGAUUAUUCUGAAUCUAGCAAUAAAUUAGUUGAAAAGUAAGGCAAAAAAAAGAAAGCCUAACCUUUCAAAUAGAAUAAAACAACUAAUAAUACUAAAAAAAAAUAAAUAAAAGAAGACGUAUAAUUAAUUAAUAUUUUUAGGAUGAAGAUGAGAAUUCUGAAAGUGUCGAAAAAGACAAGGAAAAUUACAAAUUAUAUCAAAAAAAAGAAACUCCACCUGAAGAUGAUCCAUGCAGAAUUUAUUAUGAAUCACUUUAUAGAGAAAAACCAGAAUCAGUUUUGGCUCUUAAGUAUUGUUUAGAUUAUGGUCUUAUAGAGGAAGCCAAUAUUUAAAAAGCUCAUAAAUUUUAUGAAAAAUAUAAAUCUAAAUAAAAAUGA